UCGCAGACUCAGAGGCUGCUACCUGCGCUUGCAUGGACACGCCCCGUGGCUAGCUGUACUUUCUUGCAUUCGCGAAACGAAAGCUUCUGUGACUCUGUCACACAUUUAACUGGCCGGUAGCGGAAGAUCCGACCUUCUUUUGCCUCGGGCUGUCAGUUUCCUUCGUCAGCUGGCCGCUGUGCCCGCCCAACGCGUAAGGAAUUACUCAUUCAAUUUGCGGGGGUUGUUUGCGGACAGCCAUUGCCACCAAGAGCUCCAGAAACUGUUCAUUGGCGGAUCUCUCCCUACUCAACCACCUCCUCCUACUACUCCUCCCUUCAUAAGCGCUCCUGUGGAUAUCGUGCCUGGCUAUCAAAUUCGUUAACCUGGCCUCCUCCGCUCUCUCCUCGCCUACACUACACCCUUCCGGAGGCUCCCUCCCUUGUCGACAUAGAAAGUAUUUUUUCGAGUGAAGGAGAGGAGAGAGGUGGAGGGCUUGCCUCCCCGUUGUGACGGUUAUCAUCAUGGAAGCUGUCGGCGCUGAUCAUCCAACGACAAUCAUGGACGUUUCCGAAUCUGUAAUCGACGGCGAUGUGCCGGCGACUACCGUCGUUGUUUCGGACACUGCCCCCCGGCAGCCUCAUAGUAAGGUCCAGAGGAUUGAGUCGGGGGCGAACGAGCCCGCAGUGGACGUGCCUCCGGACUCUCAUCGGGAUAAUUCUGCUGUCGCUGAGAUCAACGGUUGUGGUAUGAAUGCCAACGGCGGGAAGCAGCUUCAAGUUGAUGAAACGAAUGCCAUUGGAUGUGGUGCUCUCCGAGUCGUUGUAGUGGCACCCAAGGCCAAAAUCCCUACAAGAGCGUACGAUUCCGCUGGCUAUGACUUGGCAAGCGCUUAUCCGGAAGUUAUUCCAGCCAAAGGGAAGUGUGAGGUGAGGACUGGCCUUAGGAUCGCCCUACCCGAAGGCACCUACGGACGGAUUGCUUCCCGGUCACUACACGCCGAUAGCCACGCCAUCAAUGUGUUAGGUGGGGUCAUCGAUCGCGACUACAGAGGCCCCCUUAAUUUCAUCCUUGCCAAUCAUUCAGAUGAGGAUUUCAAAAUAGAGGAGGGUGAGAGGGUGGCACAGCUCAUCGUGGAAAGGAUUCUUACCCCGAACGUCGUCGUGGUGGACCAGCUGGAGGAGACCGAAAGAGGCGAAAAGCGACUGGGUUCAAGUGGCAAAAAGGACAUGCCCUCUUAAUCUUGCACCCUUGCUGAGGCAUAGCCCCAAGAGCGAUUCACCUAGUAAUUACUUGGAGGCAUUGUCAUCCAUGCAGGUCAGGCAAUGCAUGCAGUGCCACUUCUUCUGGGCUGACUACAGUCUUCCCCCGAAUACAACAUACGGUCAUUAUAGCUGAAUUGGGGGUACCUUUCAGUCUAAAUACAGAGCUAUAAUGACCGUACGUUGUAUUCGGGGGAAGAAGGUGGUGCGACCUGGAGAAAGAGCCAUCUUGUUAAAACAGGCAUUUUAUGUUUUUGGAGCGAAAUUGAAACCAACUUAUUUGGCCCUAAAAAUUUCACUGUUGUUCCUCCUCAGGAUCCAUCUGGAGUCUGGACUUAGCUGAAGUCCCGAAACAUCGAAGGGGGUCCGGCAUUUUCAGUCGUGUCAGAUGGUGACAUUCUUGGGGCCAAAUAUUAAGUAGGUUUCAAUCCCAUUCAAUAAAUUAUAAAAUGUGUAAUUUAACAAAAUGUCUGCUAAACAGGUGUUGGCUCGGGAUACCAUAUGUGAUGACGCCCAUUCGGUCAGUCAACAAGUCACAAGGAACUUUCUCUGAACCAGACGAGCCACCGGCGUUGGCCAGCUACAUGUAUCAUACAAUGUCAUUCACGAUGUGUGGUUGCCGUCUACCUGUAUCAUACAUUCCAACUCUCGCUGCUGUCAGAGGCUUCAGAAUCU